GUAAUAAAGAUUUGACCAGUAAGGCCUUCGAGCAGUGUGUUGUGUUUUGACUAAUUGUGGUAAAAUUUAAUCUACAAGGCCGUGUUUGUUUACAACGUUACUUUUCCCCGACAUGGUGGCCUUUCGGGGAUUGUGGCUAUGUGUAAUUGGGGCACUGCUGUUUAGUUUAACCACCGGAGUUUAUUCAAAGAAGGCAAAAGAAAAACGAAGCCCAAGCAAAAACACAGUUCGUUACACCGUUCACGAAAAACCACCAGAGCUUGUUGUGAACGCUGAUCCCGAGGGAGUGAAGGUUCAAGCCAAACCUUCAAAGCUUCAAGUUAUUGCUUACCCUCAUUUACAGGGAUUUAGCCCGUACGAGCAUACAGCCGUAUUAGGUCCUCAUAGUCCUCCAGUAAAUAUUGGUCCAAAUGCACCUCCGGUACACAUUGGACCACAUGUUCCCGCUCUUCAUCUUAGUCCUCGAAUUCCAAACCUCCAAUAUGGUACAAACGCGCCUCUUCUACACGUAAGACCUCGUGUUCCAUUUGUUCAUAUGACUCCUCCUGUCCACUCUGUAAACGCCUUAACUGGACCCCCAGUGCAUGUUAUGUCGCCAUCGACCGUGUAUCAUCAACCACCCCUUGUGUUUCACCAACCACAAUUUAGGUAUCCUACAGCAGGAUUUCCGACACCUGGCGGAUUUGGUGGGUUUGGGGCAGGUUUUGGUGGUUUUGGUGCAGCACCUGGUUUCUAUGGACGUUCUACGAUACCUGAAAACGAUGAUGAAGACGACGAAGACAAUGACGAAGAUACGGGAAGUGAAUCAAGCAGGAAAAAAGGCAAAUCAAAGCGUGAAGUUGUUUCUCAAAAAGUCAAGCGACAGUGGUUUGGGUGGCAUCCGUUCCCUCACACCGUGAACGUAGGACCUCACACACCACCUAUCCAUGUUGGCCCACAUUAUCCUCCCGUCCAUAUUGGACCACACGUCCCUGCAGUCCAUAUCGGACCUCACGUUCCAGUGAUAAAUGUCCCAUCUCAUGUUCCAGCUAUUCAUGUACGACCUCAUGUUCCUGCUGUUCAUCUUGGGCCCCCAAUUCCUAUCAUAAAUGCUGGAAACCAUUUCCCUGCGGUGCACGUAACUUCACCUCCAACAAUCUAUCAUCGUCCUCCAAUAGUUAUACAUCAGCCCCACAUCGUUCACCCAUAUGGUGGUUGGAAAAAGAGGUCAAAGAUAGCCAAAGCUGUGAAUUCAAAAGAGGAGGAUUCUAAGAAGGUUAAUGGGGAUGAGGCUGAACAAGCCAGUGGAGAUGAAGAAGUAAAAGAAGAAAACAAAAACAAGACGGUUGAGGAUAAGCCUGCUGAACAGAUCGAAUCGAGUGGAGAAACGGAAAAACUUCAACCAGUUGAGGAAAAGAAAGUAAGCACAAGAUCUGUAAGCGAUGAUGUUAGACCAAAGCGUCAGAUGUUCUCCAAUGCUAACUCCGGACCGAAUGGUGAUUCAGUGAUAUUUGUUCACCCGAGCGAACACGGUGCAGCCAGUCCUGGGGGACUAGGUGAAUUGGGAGGUAGUCAUGGGAAUCCCUUGGAAGGUGGUAACCCAGCUGAGCCUUUUGGAGAUUUGUCUUCAAAGGCAUUUGGAGAGGGAUUUAAUCCCAGCUCAUUCUCAGAAGGAGGCCAAGGAGGGGAAAUGGGUCCCGGCGCGGAUAGCCUAGCUGGACUCGCAGGAGCAAGUCUUGGAGGAGCAGCAGGUCUAGGGGGAAAUGAAGGGCCACCUAUGGGCGCCAACAGCUUCUCUGAGGCUGGAGGCUUAGGUGGUCUUGGCGGACAGGGUGCUCCUGAAGGAGAAUUACCUGGAGGUCUUGGUGGGCUGGGUGGUGGAAUGGCAUCACAAAUGGCAGGAGGUCUAGGGGCAGAAGAAGCGAGAUCGGCUGUCCCACGUUCGUUUAUUCCUAGAAGUUUUAGGAAGGCAAAGACAGGCUACCUCACACGGAAACCUCUUGAUGAAGGGCUGAAUGCCGCCAUUGUAAAGAAAACAGAGAUUCCGCAACCACAACAGUAGAAAGUGGUUCUUAAAUAAAAUGGUAAGUAAGAACUUUUUAUUCGGAAAAAUACAUUUCUCGUCUAACCCUUACAAAAUAAAUGAUUGAUUAAUAAAUGUUAUUUAUAUAAUUUUUUAACCCAGGUUGCAUUAUUUUCUUUUGUUAUGAAGUUGCAGAAAUAGUUGAAACAAGUUCCUCGAUAUAAAACAAAUAACCGUGCAAGGCUACAGUUAAAAGCCGUUGUUUCCGUUUUGGUUUAUAACAAAUGGAUAGUUUUGUUUUGCAACAGGUACUUUUAUCGCCUCACCCAAUAUAUAUUCAAUCAUUUUUUCUGACUCUUAAUUAAUUUUACCUUGUGGCCGCUAAAAGAUAUUCGUACUUUUGACAUUUUCGUUAAUAAACGAGUAAACUGUGUAAAGUCCUAUCAGUACCUAACUCCCAUCAGUUAAAGCAUUUAAUUUGUAUAUGGUUCUUUUAGUGUAAAAUAAACAAUUCACCAAAUUGGAGAUAACCAACCAGUGACUUGCAUAAACCAUUUUUACCGAACCGUAAGUGAAUACCUGUUUUAUUAUUAAUGACAAAUGAAUUUUGCUCUUAAGAAAUUAUUAUGGGUACAAAUGGACAAAAAUAUCACCUUAGGCUCCUGCGUCUAUAAAGAAUUCAAUGAAAACGCGAGUAGAGUACUUAAAACAUUUGUGUUAUCUGGUUUUUAUAGCAAUCUCAGUGUUUUUGUUGUUCGGUUGAAAUAUUGCUCAGCGACAGGAAAUACAUCACGCUGGGAAAAAAGUGCUAAAAAUCGGCCAUAAAUUUGUCCAAACUAUUUUUUAAAAUAUGCAUGGAAUGUUACCAAUAUCUCUUAAACUAUGGAAGAUAGCGAGUGGAGACUUUCACUGUUGUAUUUUUCUUAAGUUAUUGUUUCAAAGUCUUCAUUUUUGGAUCAGUACUGCGCAUGACCAAAAAGCUCAUUUUGUGACGCCACAAAAAUAAAAUUUGAGAAUUCAAAUCGGACAAGUCCUUCAAUUUUAUGUGCACUGAUUUUCUGCAAAGUAUAUCACAGUUUAAGGUUACAUACCUAUCAAGAAGAAACUUUUGGGAGUUUUGAUUUUUAAUCCGUCACUAGAGAGUCACGUGACUGGUAACCAUAGAAACGCCUAGUCCAAAAUAUUCCUCUUGUAUUAAUUUCAGUAGGGCCAUUUAUACGAGGAAAAAUAAGACGCGUCUUAAAUAAGACGCGAACUGUACCGUUCAUACGAGCAUGUCUUAUCUAAUAAGACGCGUCUUAGCUAAGCCGCGUUUUAUUUUAGACGAAAUGUGCUGUUUAUACGACGCGUCUUAGGUAAGACGCGUCUUAUUUUUCCUCGUAUAAAUGGCCCUAGUGACAUGCCUUUAAAAGAAACAAAGUUAUACCCCGAAGAUUUAAAAAAAAAAAUUCUUGCGCCUAUCACGCCCCCACGGAAUCUGUUGGCUUCUCGGUCUAAAAAAACCCAGCGUACAUCAUCAAAGAAAAGAAAAAAGGCAUUUACCCACUUUAUCGCGAAAAUUUUGUUUCACAUGAAAAGUUUUUAUAAUUAACAGUUAAUGAAUGAGGCUGAGUAUCUUAUGAAGAAUUAUGGAGAUCGAGGAGGGUGUUAUCCGGAUAACACCCUCCGAGAUCUCCAUAAUUCUUCAUAUGAUACGAAAGCCGAAUUCAAUAACUGUUUUAUUAUUCAUUCAAAAUAAUUCCUAGUUUAAAAACAUAGCUAAAACAUGCUUACCUCCAUCGAUCCAUCGAUGUUCAGUUCAUCUUCGAUAGUGUACGUUUAGGUUUGUCCAGCUCCGCAAAUAUUCUCGAAAUAGCAGAUGUCGCCCUUCGAGUUGUCUUCUUGCUGUUCUUGCCAUGUUUUUAGCUAUUUUUUCGCCUAGUUCUUUCUCUUGAAACGAGUGAAAUGUCCGCCAUUUUUUCAAGUUCACAACCAAAACAACUCAACCUCGUCCCCAGGUCUUCUCGGUUAACGGUGCCUUAACCUGCGAAGACGCUGCAUUUUUGACGUCAUUUCGUCGUUAAAGUCAAAAUUCUUCCAAAUUUGGUCAUCAGUAACUGGUUAUGGUGAAUUAAACGUGUGCUUUUAGCCAAUCAGAAUCGGGGAUAUAUUUUGAAUGAAUAAUAAAAGUAGUUAAGUAAUAGUAACGUAAUAGGAAUAGAUUUCGGUUAGACCCAUCAUUCGUUCUCUUUGCAUAACUUCCAGUUCCUUUGAUAUCUUCACACCAGAUAUAAACUUACAGUUCAUCACCGCAUUUUUAUCAAGCGUUAUCAAACAUUGAUUAAAUUAAAUUAACUGCAUUGUCGCUGGGCACGAGAAUUCUUAGCGUAUUUUCAGACCUUCACUUUUAUCGUUAAGGGUCGUUGUGGCCCUAUCUGAAAAUAAUAAUCAUUAUGAUAAAAUUGAUAAUAUACUAAUAAAGUUAACUUGAUAAUUACAAGGACAAAGGUAAUGAUGAUAAUAAUAAUAAUAAUAUUAUUAUUAUUAUUAUUAAUAAUAAUAAUAGUAAUAAGGGGAACGUUAUUGACAAAUUGGUUAAGGGAACGUUAUUGACCAAUAGGGUAAGGGGUGACGCUUGGUAAAUUCCUUCUCCUUCUCAUGCUUUGCGCCCUCGUUGAACUCUUAGAAAAAAGGAAAAACUUUUGGCGGACAGAGUGAUGGCGCAUUGACUUUGUUAGAGAUUAUUUCUUUCAGGGUUACUGUAAUUUUAUUGGUGGGAGCUUUGUAUAACGAUAUUUCGUUUUCCUUUUUCGCAGAAGUGCCCUUAAGACACCAAACAGCUGAAAAGGUGGCCAAUUUACUCACAGAUUCUCUACGAUCAAGGGAAUGAUUUGAUUUCAAAGCGAUUCCAAAGGACUCUCACUCAAGACCCGUGGAGAUUGACAUAUAGCGAACUGUGCAUGGAUGAAACAACGCCCCCAUGUUCUUGAUUUUUUUCCUACCGAGCCCGGGGCUUCCCGAGGCAAGAUCAGCGUACGGUUAACAUUUAAGUGAUCCUUUGUGGACUCCGAAAAACAAAAAGUUAUCUAUUUUGUUUAAAAUAAUUGCUAUCAAAAUAAAAUUAACGAUUUCUGAU